UCUAUCCAUGCCACGUCGUCCGAAGUGAAGCAGCAGCUGUGCUUUGCAACAUUUUGAUUUUCAAGCCACAGGAAGCAAUGAAAUUCGCUAUGUGGCAACUCAAAUGGAGGUACACCCUUUGCUGUAUAGGCUGCAUUUUAUCAGUUGGCCGGCUGGAUAUUAGUGCAGGUAUGAAUCUUUGUGCAAAUGUAUAUUAGUUGGGAAUUUGGGUAGUGGAUGACGGUUUCAUCAAGUAAUGCAUAAUUGUGUGUGUUGGUGUUUCAGAGGAAGCUGACUGGAUUCCCAUGCUUAGAAAUUCAGAUAAGCACUCCCAAAUUAAUGAUGUUUCACGGUUGUUUCAAAUGCUUGUGGAGAAGCCUGGAGACCGAGGGCUCUUGCCAAGGAAGAAACGUGAUAUUCUUUUUUCCAGUGGAGUACGCAUGUGCAGUCAGGAGACAGUGCAGAAAGCCAUCACUAACCACCUACAAUACUUCCAGCUCAGAGUGUGUCAGGAAACCAUGUGGGAAGCCUUUAAAAUAUUCUGGGACCGACUCCCUAAUCAGAAUGAGUACCAGAGCUGGAUGAGCCCAUGCCAGGCCGGGACAGUCACCAUACGGGAUAUUGGCUCUGCCUUUAGCCAAUCAGAGGAACAUUUAGCACUUGUCAACAAAAGACUUGUUCAGUCUGGACAGAAAAGUGAGACACACAAAUCCUUAGAAUGCAGCCCUGAGGAUUCAUCCCAAGAGCAGGACAGUGGACCACUAGGUGAUGGGAUUCCAGCAGAGACCACUGAGGUGGUGACUGCACCAUUCCCAGAUGAGUUAAUCUCUGAAAGCCUAAUGGAAGUUGCUAUAGAACCACCAUCUGUUGUCAUGAUGUCUGAACUAGACACCGAGAUCACUAAUGAGAUUGAGAUGGAGGCUGCUGCUUUGCCGACACUGCCUCUGAUAGAGCAGAGGGUGGAGCUGACUUUGUUACUGACGGGAGAGUCAUGGAGUGAAGAGCUAUCCGACCCCACUAGCAAUGAACAUCGCAGACUUGCUCAGCAGUUCACAGAGAAGAUUUCAGCUGCUUUGGAUAAACUGGCAGAAUUCAAGAGUGUAUUAGUGCUGGAUGUCAGGCCACAGAUUGAUUCAUCAAGUGGUGCAAAAGCAGUGCUGGUGGAUUAUGAUGUGUACCUCCAGACCAGCAGUGAAGAGAUCAGCAGUGAGACACUGGACUUCAUUAAUCUCCAAUCAAACAUGAUAGAGAGCACCUUUAGAGAUUCUGAAAAGCCCACCAUCCACUACACUAUUAGUGACUUUUACCCUUACACCACAGAGGCCCUGCAUGUGGAAACAUCUCAGAACAGUGAGAAUCCUACAGUGGAAUCUCCGGACCCAGACCACAAGGAUGAAAUAGUACCUGUAGAAAAAACUAAUUAUCUGCAUGAUGAAGUGACCAAAGAGGUAUUUAUCAUUGAUGAUCUGUUGGGACCUACAAUGUCACAACAGGAAGUAAUGGGAGAGCAUGAGUUCAUAUUUCUAGAUGAGGACACAUCACUCUUCAUUGACCAUCCCAGCAGUAAUUUCUCAGAGGAUUUUGAAGACAGUGAUUUGUUGUCACCAUCACCCCCUAGCAAGAGUCCUUCUGUGGAUGGUGAAACUGAAGGCCCCUUUACUGACUACAAGCAAUACAGUGAUGUCACAACAUCUUACCUUGAUCCCGCUUCUGGAUCUGGUGCAGGAGAAGAUGAUUGGCCAUGGGUGACUGUACUUCCUACUGAGGUUAAAGUGCCAGUUAAAGUGACAGAAGGUGACAAAGAGGUUUUGAUUAAUGUUGAAACGCCCCUGGUAGGUGAUUAUGAAUUAUCCACUAUUAAAACAAUGACAGAUGUGGUAAAGGAAGACCAGAUUUUGCCUGAGAAAACACCUGGACUGAUGAAUGUUGAAGCUACAGGAGAUGGAGACCUUCAAGUUGUUAGUUAUACACCUACAAUGCCUGCAGUUAAAGUGGAAGAGACAAAAGUUAGCCCAGAACCCAAGGUAGACAUCAUAUUUCCCGAAGACGAAGAUAUGUCAGAGGAAGACAACAAUGAGGGAACUGUUCUAUUAGAAACACGAAAGGAUGAGGAAGCUGAAGUUGCUGUAAUCACAAUGAUGGAAUUAGAGGAGGUUGAAGAAAAGGAAGGAAACGAUGUUUCACCUGUACAGAUUACAGAAGAAGAUCUAACAGAAGAUGAGAUCCUGGUUGUCACCACUGAACCAGUGGACACUGUCAACCUGACACCUCUUUCUCCGGAGAAAGAAUCACCCUUCACCCUCAUCACCAUGAUGACCCCUGGGGAGGUGGAGUUAGAGCCUACCUUAAACUCUGAAGUCAUGAGUACAUCUCUGGAUUACAAUGUGAUCCAUCUCAGAGAGGAGGAGGGCAGUGGAAUCCCUGGUGUCUUCCAGGGUGAUGAGCUCUCCAGCUUUACAAUACCAACCAAACCUGGGCGUGCAUUGAUAGUCUUUUUCAGUCUUCGUGUAACUAACAUGAUGUUUUCUGAGGAUCUGUUCAAUAAGAGCUCUCCAGAAUACAAAGCCUUGGAACAGCGGUUCAUUGAACUGCUGGUGCCAUAUCUUCAGUCAAACCUCAGUAACUUUGAGAACUUGGAGAUCCUAAACUUCAGGAAUGGAAGUAUUGUUGUGAACAGUCGUAUGAAGUUUGGGAAGCCUGUUCCUCAAGGAGUCACCACUGUUGUUUAUCUUAUUCUGGAGGACUUCUGCAACACUGCUUACCAGACCAUGAACCUCGCCAUUGACAAAUAUUCACUGGAUGUAGAAUCAGGUGAUCAGGCAGACCCAUGCAAGUUCCAAGCUUGUAAUGAGUUUGCAGAAUGCGCAGUUAACCGCUGGUCAGGUGAGGCAGAAUGUGUGUGUAAUGCUGGCUACUUCAGCGUGGAUGGAUUACCCUGCCAGAGCAUCUGUGACCUGAAGCCUGACUUCUGCCUGAAUGAUGGGAAAUGUGAUGUCAUUCCAGGCCAAGGAGCUAUCUGCAGAUGUCGUGUGGGGGAGAACUGGUGGUACAGAGGGGAACAUUGUGAAGAAUAUGUAUCUGAGCCACUCGUAGUGGGCAUUGCGAUAGCAUCUGUUGCCGGGUUCCUGCUUGUGGCAUCAGGAGUAAUCUUCUUCUUAGCAAAAACUUUGAGAGACCAGUAUGAUUACGACAAGGAUGAGAUGGAGGACCCAACACGGAGAGGGGACAGUAUUCCAUCUUUAGACAGGGCCACUAAGUAUAACCCUAUGUACGAGAGUGAUGUAACGACAGGCUACAGCCAUUACUACCGGCGGUACCCUGACCCACCAAUUCACAGCAGCGCCAGUGCUGAGGCAUCCACAGACUUCAGCAGUGAAGAGAUACGGCAUAUUUAUGAGAACAAUGAACUCACCAAGGAGGAAAUUCAAGAUCGUAUUCGCAUCCUUGAGCUCUAUGCAAGAGAUCGUCAAUUCGCAGACUUUUUGCGACAGCAUCAAAUAACAAUGGAUAAUCGCAGAGAAAGUUCCUCCUCAUAGACAACACAUGCCUGCUGAAUGCAAUAGGAUGAAGAAACUUGCCUUGUCUUUGGGAAAUUACAUCUCAGUGAUUCCAGGGGAAUCGUUUUCCAGAACGAUUUCUGUUUUCAGCCAUUCAUCUUUUUUUAAAGAUGCAUCUGCUGAGCUAAAAAAAUGAGGUUUAAGAAGAAAAAGCUGUGUUUUAUUCCUUGUAUUAUUCUCUUUUGUUUUAUUUGAUUUUAUAUUGUUAAAGAUCAUAUACGUUUUUUCAGUCAUCGAACAGGAUCGCAUCACAGAUAGUAUCCUUGUUGGUGGUGGAAAUGUUAUGUUAGUGCCUUCUAAUCUGUGUUCUAUGGCUGUGCCUAAGCUCUCAGCCAAUCAAUAUUUAGUGUUCAGAGAAAAAGGCCUGCCCAGACACAGGGCCCGCCCACUUUUUGAAAAUUUCAAAGUUACUUGUAUCAAAUACUAUUAAUGUUGUAGUACUUGUAGUACAUUAUAUGAUUUUUUUUCCUUUUGGGGAACUUCUAUAAUUUCACUGCUUGUUAAAGAUUUCAAGUUGUUAUGUGUCUCCACAAACCAGACAGUUUAUUAAGAUGUUUAUUUAUAGAAAUGUGUUUAGUGAAAUUCAACCAUAACUUACAAAGCAAUAACAAAAAAGGCUGCCUCUUAUUAUGUGCCCAUUUAUGAAGAAAACACUGCAAACUCUGACAGCUAAAACAGUAGAUUUGCUUGUGUGUUUAUAAGACUUAUUUUUAUAUUAUGUAAUCAUUAUUAAACCUGCCCUUAAAUGAGUGGGUCUUGCCAAAGUCCCUUAAAGGCAAGUUAGUCAGCCAUCUUGGCAAUGACCACAGGCAGCUAUUUUUAUCUAGACAAUAAGCAUGCAAGGUUAGAUCCUAUUUACCUGAACAGGUAAAGAAUUAAAUCUCCAAAACUGUUUGUCAAAAUGACAUUUCAACAGCAUCAUUGUCAAAUCAGCAAUAAAAUCUGAAAUGUGUCUUGCAUUCCUACAGCUGCCAUAUUGAGCGUUGUGAUUUCUCUCAUUCAUUUUUCAAUGAUUGUUCUGUCUCCUCUCUAUGCUGUCUAUCUCUGGUCUUGCAACAAAUAUUUAAAAUCUUUUUAUUAUUUUGAAUUAAAGUUUGGUCCAGUCAAAUUUAGUUUUUAACAAACUGUUGCAGUAAUGCACAUUUUAUGUAUUUAUAAAUUUUUUUGUACAGGAUUUACUGUUUUAAAGUUCCAUCAGUUAAUGGGACAGCUCAAUCAAAAAUUAACAUUCUGUUAUCAUUUACGUACCCUCAUGUCAUUCAACAUGCUGAUUCUUUAUUCCAGGGAACACAAAAGGAGUGUAUGGGGACCGGUGCGUAACUCUCAAAUAUAAUUUUGUUGUGCCAGGUUUGAUGUUCAUGAUAUCAAACAUCAUUGGUUCUCAUAUGCCUUGUGAUCGAUCUUCAUUACAUCAAACUUGGUGCAACGUGCUAAGCGUGGUUGGUUUGAAUGUCCGCAAACACAUGAAAUUUAAGUGCUAUGAUGGAGGGGAAGACUUUCAGUAAAUUGCAGUUUUGGUCUGAUUCUCAUACAAAGAUGAAAUUACAUCCUUCAUCAUUGUAUGGAAAAGAGCAGUUAGGACAUUCUGCAAAAUAGU